CUAGGCUCCGCCCACGCGGGAUGAGGAAGAAACCUUUCCGUAAUAUACAGGAAGUUAGCAAAAUUUUCGAUGAAUGGGGUUUUUCUGCUAAGCGAUUGUUAACGCUAAAGAGCCGAACAUUUAUCCCCAUUAAUAUUAAAUGUCUACACGUUAGCUAGUUAAUGUUGAAACAAAACACAAAAGGUGUUUGCAGGAAACAAAUAUUCUAAAGGUUUCGUCAAAGAUUUUUUUUUGGUUAGACGCUAAGCUAGUAGUACUAGCACACAACCACGGAUUGUCCAAAAGACGACCAUGGCUUCAAUAAUGGACGGCCUUGAGACACCAUAUGAGGAGGAUUUAGAGUUUAUUCAGUGCACGGUUUGUGAGAAGUCCUUAAAGGGGGAAUCCUUGUUCAAGAUACACCUGACCACACCAGCACAUUUAAAGAAAGAGCAUGCUGUUGUUGCUUCUGGGCAGGCUGUCAGACAAAAGAUGGUGCCAAAAUUUACAGACAUAAUCAAAUACCUGGAUUACCUGCAGCUUGAUGAGCCCAUCAUUGGUUUGAGCUGCUUGGAGGAGGUGCCUAAUCCCGAUCCACAACUGGGUCCUAAAUUCAUGUGCAGGCUGUGUAAACACCCCGCUAUACUCACAGACAUGGUCUGCCACGUGAUUGGACGGAAACACAGGCAGAAAUAUGUGGAAGCAAAGAGGCCAGACUUGGUGACCUGGGAUUACAAAAUCCAAAAUACCCAAGCGGGGAAGAUCAUGCGUGCUAAAGCAGAAAUAAUAGAGAGACAGGAUGGACGUGGAUACCCACAGAUCAUGAAAAGAAGAGGAAUUGAAGGGAAGUUAAAUAUCUUAAGAAUUCCUCCAAGGCAGAGGCAGAGUAAAGAGCAGAGCAUCCCACAUCGACCCACUUUAGAUGUGCCACCACUACUACCAGAAUUUGCAGAUUUUAACAACAGGAAGAGGAGCUGGGAUUACCCAAACGCGCCUGGAUUACACCCAGAUGCGGAUGCAAAUAGAGACAGGCCGUUUCAGAGGGAGGCCGUUUUCAGCCAGCACCGCCCUGCAGAUGAGUUGCAAAGAGGAGCGAGUCUUUCUAAAUACAGAGAAUGCAGCAUGAACCCUGAUUACCACGCUCCGUACGAAGAGCAGUACGUCCAAGAUCCACAAAGGCGGAGUUUAGUUGAGCCGCUAGAACGUCCCGUGUAUGACAACAGGGAACCUUAUGGGCAAGGUCAUGAUUACCAAUCAGAGGCUGCUUCUUCCUACAAGAGACCCUACUCAGAGAGAGAUGCUUUAGAGGAGUUCUACGCUGAGGAAGUUAGGCGUGGGAAAAGUUCACACGAAUACCAGACCCCCCAUCAAGGUUACACUGGUGGCGAUCAACAACGCUGGUCUCUGGAAAGAGAAUCAGGACAGCAUGGUGGUCUUGACAGAGCUGGUAGACGAGGAUCAAGUGAACCAGAAGCCAAGAGAAGGAACGUAUCCGCAGCCCUGGAAGGUGAAGGAGGCCAAGACCAGCUGUUUAACAUCAUCAAAGAUUACCAUCAUGAAAUGAGAUACAUGCAUCAAGAAAGAUCCUUUGACAAACCUGGGCCGAGCAGAGAGGAGUCCCCAGGUGCUCCGGUCGCCACCAACAUUUCUAACAUCCCAGAGCCCUUCAAGCGUUUCCUGACAGGAGGUGUGAUGAACGAAGGCCUGGCCAAAAGAAAAAGUCGCUUCUCUGAUGCCACUCCAGAGGAGCUGGAAAUGACAGGCCAAAUGUUUCAAGGUGCAAGUAGACCUUCAUAUUCAGCUGCUAGAGAAGAGCCCCGACCAAUGAGAGCAGAGCAAGGAGGAGCCCAAUACUCUGGACAUUAUGGAGAAUCGCGGACUCCUCAUCAUAAAGAGGGCUAUCACCAAGGAAGUUCUGAAUCAGAGGGUGUCUUUGAUAUGCUGAAAAAUGUUGAAAUUGAAGAUUCAGAAGAAGCAGAGUUCCUGAAGAGCAAACUCGCCACCCUUAUGAAAGAGUUCCAGGCCAAAAAACGCGAGAAGGGCAUGGCUCCUGGACCACAUGAGAGAAACACAAGAGAAAGCUUUGAUCACACACGACUGGAGGACCCUGCUUUUGGCAGCGGUCACAGAAGAGGGUGGAACCAGCGUGAACAUAUACCUGAGGAGCACUACCAGGCACAUCGAUAUCCUGCUCAUGAGGAACCACAGCAAUCAGUCAGAACCCGUUAUGAAGACGAGCUGGCAUCUUAUCCUGAAAGGUUUCAAGAACCCAUGCGUCCUUCAGAAUACCAGCCUGGAGUUGGUGAGAGUCGAAACUCCGGUGUGCCUCCUCAUUUCAUGGAAGAAGGAAGCAGGAGACUCGGGGAUCCCAGCUACUCUAAAAAUCUGGAUAAGAUCACGUCUGCCCUCCUGGAGCUUGUGGCUAGAAAAUAACUGAUGCCUCAUUUAAUGGAAAAAAAAAAAUUAGACUGACGACGGAGUUUUAGGGCCAGUUUACAAAAAAUAUAUAUAUUUUUUUUAAUUUUGUCUUUUAAGUUGUAAAUUUACAAGAAAGAAAGUCAUAACUGUUAAAUUACAAGCUUUUUCUCGUAAAUUUACGAGUUUUUUUCUCGUAAAUUUACAUCUUAAAAUCUCGUAAAUUUCUGAGAAAAAAACUCGUAGAUUAACGAGGAAAAAACACCAAAGUUUUCUGUUUAUCGGAGCCUAGUUUGAAGAUGAAAUAUGUGGAGCCUUUUGUGAAGCUUUAUUGAGUUUAGUCGUUCUGCUCUGCAGCUACGCGGCAUUCACUUGCUGCUGCUCCGUAUGCUCACUUCCACUUUAAGUUGUAAAAUUACGAGUGUUUUUCUCAGAAAUUUAUGACUUAAAAUCACGUCAUUUUACUUUUAGUUUUGUGGCCCUAAAACUCCGUCGCAGUAAAGUAUCUUUGCCAGUUUAACUUAAAUGUAUUUAGUAUUCAGUUUAUUUUUGCUUUAAUGAUUUGUCACAAUUUUUUUCUAUGUUGUUGUCACAAUAAACUAUCUUCUACCACUGUCUUUUUUUUGUUAAAUUACUAAGUAAAAAGAAAAUAAAUGUAUUUUUGACUUUUAAAUUAUGUGUGCAUUUUGGCCUAAACCUAAUUAAAAAAUGAUUGCUCGA